CAUGUUUGAGCCAAGUUUAUGUCUUCUUAAUGAUGAUUCUGGCUUCUGUGUAAGCUCAAUUAAAAAAUAAUGCUGUUUGCUGGUUUUACAUGUGCAAAAAAGACAGUAAUGCAGAACUGGUUUACACCACACAUGUGUGGGAAAACGUACUGGAUCCAUAGUCUUCUUAAAAUAUUGGCUUAAAAAAGAGCUCUCAUUAUGAAGUAUAUUUCUCCUCAGGUGCUGUCUCUGGGUGCAGAUGUCCUUCCUGAGUAUAAGCUCCAGGCUCCCCGAAUCCACAAAUGGACGAUUUUACACUAUAGUCCCUUCAAAGCAGUCUGGGACUGGGUCAUCUUACUGCUGGUCAUCUAUACGGCGAUCUUUACACCUUAUUCGGCUGCGUUCCUGCUCAGCGAUGAGGAAGAGGCCGCCAUGCAGCGCUGCGGCUACUCUUGCAGCCCACUUAAUGUGGUAGACCUCAUUGUGGAUAUCAUGUUCGUAGUGGACAUUGUGAUUAACUUUCGCACAACCUACGUGAACAGCAAUGAUGAAGUGGUCAGUCAUCCCGGCCGAAUAGCCAUCCACUAUUUUAAAGGCUGGUUCCUCAUAGACAUGGUGGCUGCCAUUCCUUUCGACUUGCUCAUUUAUCGCUCUGUGGAAGAUACGACGACUCUGAUUGGUCUGUUGAAGACUGCUCGGCUGCUGCGAUUAGUGCGUGUUGCGCGUAAACUUGAUCGCUACUCCGAGUAUGGAGCCGCGGUGCUCUUUCUCCUCAUGUGCACCUUUGCAUUAAUUGCUCACUGGCUGGCCUGCAUCUGGUAUGCUAUUGGGAAUGUGGAGAGGAACGGCCCGUCUCGGAUCGGUUGGCUUGAUUCUUUGGGUGAACAGCUGGGCAAGCCAUAUAAUAAGACAAAUCCUGCAUCAGGACCCUCUAUUAAAGAUAAAUACGUCACUGCCCUCUACUUCACCUUCAGCAGCCUCACCAGCGUGGGAUUUGGAAACAUUUCCCCAAACACCAACUCUGAGAAGAUCUUCUCCAUCUGUGUCAUGCUUAUUGGAGCGCUGAUGUAUGCUAGCAUAUUUGGAAAUGUGUCAGCCAUCAUCCAGAGGCUGUACUCUGGCACCGCACGUUACCACACUCAGAUGCUGCGGGUUCGGGAGUUCAUCCGUUUCCACCAGAUCCCCAACCCACUCAGGCAAAGACUGGAGGAGUAUUUUCAGCAUGCUUGGUCCUACACUAAUGGCAUUGACAUGAAUGCUGUGCUAAAGGGGUUCCCAGAGUGCCUACAAGCAGACAUCUGUUUGCAUCUGAAUCGUACACUGCUGCAGAACUGUAAAGCUUUCAAGGGCUCCACUAAAGGUUGCUUACGUGCUUUGGCUAUGAAGUUCAAGACAACACACGCUCCACCUGGAGACACCUUGGUCCACGCUGGUGAUGUCAUUUCAGCACUAUACUUCAUUUCUCGUGGCUCUAUUGAGAUCUUAAAGGGAGAUGUGGUAGUGGCCAUUUUGGGCAAGAAUGAUGUAUUCGGAGAGCCCAUUAACUUACAUGCGCGUCCUGGAAAGUCAAGUUCUGAUGUGAGAGCACUUACAUACUGUGACCUGCAUAAAAUCCACAGAGAAGACAUAGUGGAGGUCUUGGACAUGUAUCCAGAGUUCUCAGACUACUUCUGGAGCAACCUGGAGAUCACCUUCAACUUGAGAGAUACUAACACUAAAGCUAGGUCAAUGAGCAGUGACACUGAAGAUUCUGACCAUGGCUGUCUUGACCAUCACACACGAAGAGCAAAGCUGUUCUUCCAGUCGAAAAGAAACUCUAUCCCACAAGUAGCAGAUACAGAGAAAACUGAAGAAAAUCUCAAUAAGACGACUUUCAGAACUCAGAAUUCAAGCAAGCAGCACAAGGAUAGACAAGCUGCUCAUCAGGACUCAGACAUUUUUGCCUCCCAAUCCAGCAGUGAUGAAGAGGAAGAGACCCGACGGGCCACUGCGAUAGUAGACAGCUCUCAGAGCCGUAUCACUAGUGUCAGCAAUGCUAAUGGAGACAAGAACCACAACAGCAGCAACUCUUUCAAUGCACUGUCAGGUGCUCUUUCUGGGGUUUCUAACAUCUUCAGCUUCUGGGGGGACUGUCGUGGCCAUCAGUACCAGGAAGUACCCAGCCACAGCAUGUCCUUACCCUCAUCGUCGGUGCCCUCUAAUACUGUUCUGCACAGUGUUACCCAUCAUCAUUGCACUGAGGUAGAGAAUAGACUGGAAAUGAUGCAGAGACAGCUCCACCGAUUGGAGAAGCGCAUGUCAACAGACAUGGGGGCCAUAAUGCAGUUGCUUCAGAGGCAGAUGGUGCUGGUUCCACCAGCCUACAGCUCUGUGACGUCCCCUAUAGAAGCAUCUCUAAAUCCUCCCAAACCAGGCCAGAAAUUGGUGUAUCCUGUCAACCCUUUAGAGACAGAAACACCAGCCAUUCUCUCUGAGAUACUUGACCCCCACGACUUUGCUGGCAGUGCCAAAAAGUCCAGUGAAUGUCUGUUAGGCGCAAUGGAGCUCCAGCUCCUGGACUCUUCCUUACAGCCCUCCUCUGAGACUCCUUCUGGGGCUUAUACGGGACGAUGUCCACAUGGCAUGGGCCACAAUGCAACAAAUGUCCCUGAUUAUCUUCCAGCUCACACUGAUCACCAACAAACAGUCAUAGCUGAUCGAGGUAGUUAUAGUUUUUUGGAUGCAGAGCCUAUUGGAACUGUUCACCAUUCAGAGUCUGGACUGAGGUUAGAUUUGGAGUGUUCAAGACGCCUAUCACUGCCAGUGCAUCAUCAAGUAGAGGAUGAUUCCUCAAUCCAAAAAUGACAUGCCUCUAAUCCAGGGUGUUAAGAUUGAAACUUUUAUUCAGUAUCUCAGUGGAAAACAAUGCAUACAUCCUAAUGGGCCACAGCAAUGUUGGCAGGAUGUUUUGAAGUCCUUCUACUUCAGGUUCAUAUUAAUUACCUCUAACGUUGAGGCAUCAUUAAUGUCCCUGUAGUUUGGAAGAUUUGUGUUAGCUGGUCUAACGGUACUCGUUGUUUUUAUCUGCCUCUUUGCGAAAGUGUUUUCUCGUUAUUUUGAGGUGUGAAUGUAAUGAUUUCAUUAGCGUAUCAAUUUUUUUUAACAGUGUGGUUUUGUGUUGAAUUGAUUGUUUGUUUGGAAGUCUUGGACAUAUUGUAGCAAUACACUGGAAAGUCCUAUCAGAGUAUGAUUUAUUAGGGUUUUAAAUGGUCAUUUGAAAAUUUUAUCUCAGGUGGAGGAACCCGAAGCUCAUCUCUAGUAGCUGAAAUACCUCAUAGAGUGGGUGAUUCCAGGGAACACCGGUGAAUCCUGCUGAAUAACAUGCCCAUAGUUUACAUGACUGAAAGCAUGUGUUUAUAUCUUUCAAGGCCAUCCAUUGCACAGAAUUUUCCUUGAGAAUAUGUUAUCACUCUGAAUAUAUAAUCAUCAGUUUGGCCAAAGUGUCCAAAUGUGAUUUAGACUGUUUAUGAAUGAAAAUCCAUUUUGAUCAUAAUCCAUAUUAUUAGUGCAGUUAGUGUUGAAAUAUACAUAUAUAUAACACAUAAUAUCAGUUAGCACUGGUUCAUGCCAAACAUAUCCAGUAGUAAGCCAUACUAUAAAUGUGAAAGAUAUUAAUAGGGAAUGUGGUUUAUAGAAAGAGUAUAGCUUGCAAUGUUAAUAUGUAUUAUAGCUUGUAAUUUAUAGCAAAUUUAAGUAGGAAUAUUUAUUGUUAGCAUACUAUAAAUUGAUUAUUGUGCAGGUUCUUUCUCUUAUUAACUUAUAAUCAACUCAACACUGAAUAAAUUAAUUAACAUAA